UCUUAUUUUGAAAUUUAGUGACGAAUAAACGAAUAAAUUCAUUUAUGCGAGAAACAACUAGUUUACAGGGAAACCAACUUCAGUCUGAUAGACUAAAAAGUGGUUUUUGUAGAUAAGAUAGGAUAUAUACGUUAUGAUGAUAGGAAGGUUCUGUGACCGUCUGACAAAUGGUGACGUUCGAGAUCAUCACAUGAAUCUUGAAUGGUUAAGGUUUGCAUCCUACAAAUCAUGUCCAGAUAGUUUACCGAUAUCAUCAUGCAAGUUGGCGAAAGAAGGGUUUUAUUACGUAGGGAACGGACAAAAUGACAGCGUAAAAUGCUUUUCAUGCAAUAUCAUACUAAGUGGAUGGGGUGAAUUUGACGACCCUGCAGAUAGACAUCAACAACGUUCGCCUGAUUGUGAUUUUGUUAGAGGGACCGAUGGAAAUAACAUUCCUAUACACAGACAAGCUGUUAGUUCAAACCCUGAUUCAUCGCUUCAAAAUAGUGAUGUAGCCGUCGAAGGAACAGUCGGUGCAUCGGGAGGUGUUCCACAAGAUUUAGGAAUGGGACAGUAUACACGUGAAAAUCCUAAAUUUGCUCACUUUAGAUGUAGUUCCUACAGAUUUAGGUCAUAUGAGGAAGGCUGGACUAAAGAGGAAGUCGUCCGGCGUGAUAUACUAGCCGAUGCCGGGUUUUUCUAUACAGGUGUUGGUGAUCUUGUCCGGUGUUUUCAAUGUGGAAUAGGACUACGAAACUGGUGUUCCGGGGAUGACCCGUUUAUUGAGCACGCCAAAGUAUACAAAUGGUGCAAAUAUUUGGAGGACGAGAAAGGCAAAGAUUUUAUACAGGAGCAUUCAGAACAGGAACUUACUGAGAACCAUAUUGGUUCCGGCGCGGACAGACAAGAAGCAGAUCAGAAUCAAGCUGGCAGCAAGGGCUGUGAUGAAAAAAGUGAAGCUGGAGGAAACCAAAAGCCAGAAGAAUAUUCGGAUUUGAAGUCGGAAAAUGAGCGACUUAAAUCUACGGUGAUGUGUAAAAUAUGUUUAACCGAAGAAGUCAACGUUUUGUUUCUACCUUGCGGACAUUUGGUUUCUUGUCAGACAUGUGCUCCACAUGUUACUCAAUGUGCAGUUUGUAGAAUGCAAAUUGAGAACAGACGGAAAAUAUUUCUGGCUUGAUAAGUUUGUUAUCCCAUCAGUCAACAAGAGAUAUUAUAGGAGAAUAAGUCUACCAAUCAUUUAAAGUAUCUGAUAAAAUCGUAUUAAAGCCAUAAAACUUAUUUAGAAAAUUGUCCAAUUGAAGCUAUAAAAAUGUUAUUAAGAAAGCUUUAGAAAUUCCUAGGACAACCUUACUUUAAGCUAAAGAAAAAUCAAAAGACAAACAUUUACCAUAUAUUUCAACAUAUAAUCAACAAAAAAAAGUUUUUAGCUUAAUCAAAAGUAACAUGGAAAUUCUUAAACACGAUGUAAGAAUGAAAACGAUCAUAUGCAUCAUUAACAUCAUAACAUGCAAUUUUAAAACGCAGGUUAAUAAGUACAGAAUUAAAAGACAACAAAAUAACGCCGUAUGUUUAAAAAUGCAAUUAACAGAGGUGUCUUCUCUUUAUUUAAUAGAAGGAUCUGCUUUAAAACUUAAUGAUAAGGUAUUUCAAACAAAAAACAAGAAAAACAUAUGGACUGCACCGUGGCUGCAAGGAUUUUUUUGUUUGGCCAAAAUAAAAUUGCUUUCGGUUGUCAUAAAUGAUCAAAACAUCACACAUGUUGAAACAAAAUUCAUACUUUAUUUAAUUUUGAAUGUUGUACUGUUACAAAAUUUAAUUACAUUUUAUUCUAUUUAAGCACCUACUCCUGUUACAUUUAGAAAUUGAAUAUUUAAGAAGGAUAUGUCUUGCACCUACUCCUGUUACAUUUAGAAACUGUCGCUAUGGUAAUAUUAUCUUUCAUGUCGAACUUAAAAGUUUAAGACCUUUUGCGUGCCUUUUAAAGUUUGUAAUACGCUUCUCUUGUGUUUUACAACUGAAGUUCAAAAAAAGGAAACAAAACAAGUCCAUGUAAAAUUCAACAGGUUAAAGUUCUGUUUUGUUUUUCUAUGAAAUGAUCUUUCAUAGGCUAUGUACUUUAUAUUUAUUGACCUUUUAUACAUGCAUAUACUUUAAUAUCUAUUGGACUUUAAUAUGCAAUUACCUCAUUUACUUUGUGUUUUAUGUCGAAAAUAAGUGGUAAUCGAGAAAGAUUGUUUUGGUGCAUAUCUAAGAUUCAUGAACGUCAUACCGCUAAUCAUUGAAUGUUUUUUUUUUCUCUCGAAAACAAUCAUUUUACAUAAUAAGCAAUCAGAAUUUCGAAAGAUUCAUUUAUGCAAUACGACCCUUAUUAAUUUGAUAGCCUACUCGUAAAAAGAUGCUGACAGUGGCAAAUAGAUAUGUACAAUAGUUUUAGACAUGUGGAAGUCUUUCUUGAUUUCAGCACCUUAAAUGUGUUACUUCUUUGAAAUUACAUACAACUAAUUAUUACUUUUAUUAGAAGGGAACCAAAAGUGUCUUUAUCUAAAAAAAUAGCUUAAAGAAAUAUUUAUUAAAUCAACUUUAGUAUGAUUAAUGUUUAUUAUACAUAAUACAUCUUAAGUUGAAUUAGCACAUUCUCUUUCUAAAUACAAAAAGUUUUCUGGUACUUCUUAGUAUGACUGUUGUUAAUUGCAAAUUGAAGAGGUGCACUGAAGAAAGCCAAUUCCAAUUAGAUUUGAUAAAAUGAAUUGUAUGUAUACAUGUUUUCAAUGUUUUAACCAUUUAAUCAUUUCUUUUACAUGUUAUAUGUUAUUUGAUUUUCAUAGGCUGCAUUGUAAACAAGAUGUCGCAAAUAUGUUUGUGUAUAUCGGGGUUACCUUCUGUAGAUUGAGUUUUAUCAUCAUCAUCAUCAUCAUCAUUAUUAUAAUCAUCACCAUCAUUAUUUUAUUACUAUUAUUAUUAUUAUUAUUAUUAUUAUUAUUAUAUGAACAUAUAGUUUCCUACACAAAAUGAUUUGCUGUCUUGGACAGUUUUUAGAUGUUUUUGUUUUGGUUGUUGUAUAAUUGAGAUAAAUGUUGUUUGUACAUCAUAUUAUUAUGAAUGACAAGUCGACAUAUAGAUCUACGUAAAGGCUAGUAUUUCAUUUCGCAGUUCAUACAUAUGAAGGUGUACAAAGUUCAUAUGUCAGAAUUAUUUACUAAGAGAUAAAGCAUAUUUAUCAUAUAAUUUUUGUUUGGUGUUUUUGUAAUACUUUUUCUGUUUAUCAUUCUGCAGAAAAUAUUCACAUGAUGGCUAUAUAGAAAUAAUUUAAGUUCAAUUGUGUAGGAAGCUACACACUUUUGAAUCCGUUCCUGGAACCAACCAGUACUGAGCAAUGCACUAUAAGUUUUUUGCUCAAGGAAACAACGACUUGUCUCUGUCAGGGUUUGAACCCAUGCGACUAGCGAUCAUUAGAUUACAAGUCCGAAGCGUUAACAACUCGGCUAUAUCUUAUGAAUGGUCACCAUCAUGUUUGUUUGGGAGCAUUAUAGUCUAUUACUUAUUCGAUAAUAUUAUGUGUACGUGAAAAUAAAAAUUCUUUUGUUAUAUUGUUAUUACGUUGAUUUAAGGUAGAUUUUGACUGUAAAACAUAUAUCUAUGUAAUAAUAUCUAUUUACGUGAAAAUUGUUUAGGUCACUUACGUACAUGACAUUUGUAAAAUGUUUUCAUUUUUGUACUGUAUUUGAACAUAUUAUCUGCUGUCAUUAUUUGUAGACUGUUAAUUAUGUUAUUAUGUUAUAUGUGUUAUAUAGUUACGAAGAUUUUUGAAUAUGUUUCUCCUCGAGAAACGUAUCACAUAUAUAUGAAGGUAUAGUGAUAUUUAAAGUCAAAGCAUUCAUGGAUAUAAAAAGAAUGAGCUGUAUCAUGACAAAACCAACAUUAUGCGUUUGAGACCAGCAUGGAUCCUGUGCGGCUGUGCAGGCUGGUCUGGAUCCAUGCUGGUCGCAAACGCACUAUGUUGGUUUUGUUAUGGCGCGGCUCAAAUGAUGAUCAGUUGUAUGCAUAUUAAAGAUAUACUAUGCUCAUCUUGGGAUAAAAUACUUCAUCUAGUAUAUUCUUCCUAAAUAUGCCUAAUUUCAUUAAGUAAAUGUAUAAAGUUUGUUUAAGAAGCUACAUAACCCUAAUUUUUUUCAAAUUUAGUAGGUUUAGUCUUAUGAAAACUUCCAGUUUUUUUAAAUGACACUAUGUAAUCAUACUGUGAUUGCGUAUAAGUCUAUAGAGUUUAAACGCAAUAUAUUUUCUCUGUGAGUAUUCGAAAGAUAUUUAUUUUUCAUUUCAGAAGAGACUGAUUUUUACUCAUAAGGGGAUUUUGAUAUCAAAUUUAAGCAUAAUAUAUCUUAAACGUGGACGCUAGUAAAAUAAUUUCUGAAGGAAAUAUACACGUAGCAUGAACAUCGGUUGAUAUGCGCUGUCCAAAUGCGGUAGGCGUGACUGAUGAACUUGUGUUACGUGUAUCAAUAAAAAUUAAA